CAUGGACCAGCAGAGCGGCCAGUAUGGCGCCGGCCGACAUCUGCACCCGCUUCAGGACCGGCUUCUUGAGCCUUCAGGUCCUGGACCUUGAUGUUCAGGUCCUCGAUCUGACAGAGGGCCCCAGAGGAUGAACACCAGCCUGGAGAGUUACAGGAUCCAGACGUAUGCCGAGUACGUCAAGGGCAAGCAUCAGAACAAGGAGAAGCUCGGCCAGACGCCCAAAUCUUGGGGGGAGGACGGCUGGAGGAAGCCUCACUACGCCUCAGCUACUUCUGCUGCUACUUUUGGAUACCCCCGGGGUCUGCGGAAACGCAGCAUCAGUCCCGUUCAGGGUUCCGCAGAUGCGCCGGUCACAGACGGCUGGAGUAACUACUCGUACCCGGAUAGCGCAGGCAGCAAGAAGAUGAAAACGGAUGGUGUGUACUCUGCGUGUUCCCACACAGCCGACGGCUUUAGAGAUUCAAUGUGCUCUGGGUGACAAACAUAGCUGGAGACGUUUACAAAAUGUACAUUUGGAUGACUUUGUAGCUGUCGUCAUUUGAGCCUGAAAU